UCGGUCCCUCCUCCCUGCGCGCACAAGUUCAAGCUUCUAGUUUCGGAGAUGGGAUCCGCCGUUGUGUACAUCUGCGAGAUGUGCGGAAGUCUCCCCCACUGGUACAUCUGGGAGUGCAAGAACUGCAAGCUCAAGACGUGCCGUCCGUGCGCCUACAAGGCAUAG